CGCGCAUGAGAAAUACGUCAUUUCCGUUUGGUGCAUUGAAGGUCUUACAGAAGUCGUGUCGGCUGUGUCACUUGUGUUAUAAGCCGUGCUAGGGAUUAGGCUGUCACUUUUCUAACAUCAAAAUGAAGGAAGACAAAAUGAUUACCAAUGGAGAGCCCGAAGAGGCUGAAGAAGAAGAGGAGGAGGAGGAGCUAGUAGACCCAAUUACCUUAAUCAGAGAAAAAUGUGAACAAACGGAGCAUUGUGUACAUACUCGUGAAAAGUUUGACCUGUGUGAGACACGAGUAAACUCCAGGUCACAGACUGCUGAAGAAUGCACAGAGGAGCUUUUUGAUUUUAUCCAUGCCAGGGACCACUGUGUUGCACAGAAACUCUUCAGCACAUUAAAGUAAAGAAAGGAGUGGUGUUGCUUGAGAAUUCAGUUGCUGUACCAAAAACCAUGCAUGGAAAACGUAAUAAAAUGAAAUCCAAUUGGUGAAGCUGCUGUCUUGUGGAGGAGUCCUUCUGUUAGCCAUUUUCAAAGCUGUUAUGUGUCUUGUGAAUAAAAUAUUUUGAAAUGUGAA